AUGCGUCUGCUCACUUAUAUAGAAGCUUUGCGACCGUUCUACCCAGGUUUGGGGGAAGGGAGAAAAUGGAACGGUACGACCAAAGCAGCGGACGUCCAACAUUGCCCUAGGCUUGAAGAGUGGCCGGGGUUCUGGACUGAAGUGCAUAAGGUGAUUAGAGAAUGCAGUGGUAAAGAGUUCCGUACUCUGAAGCCCCCAGGGGCCGCCAAAGAGCCUAGGAGGUUUGGCCACGGCCAACAGGCUCAACAGUAUCAACCAUUACUGUCAGCCGUUGACGUCUCCAACCUCUUAGAUAUAACCAUUGGGCGCCCUGUCAUGGAUAUUCUGCGCAAUGCCUACGGUAUAGAUGCGGGGUUUGAGGGCCCUCGAUCUGCAGUCCCUAUCGGUGACCCAAAUAGGGUGCUAUGCGUGCCACGGGUGCAUAUAUGGCAGAAAAAGACUAAUAUGCCCCCGAUAGCAGGGAAUAAGCCCCUGGUAACAAUUGGUGUGAAACCCUCAUGGGUUUUAUAUCUCCCUCCACACAUCAUAACAACUUUUAACCAACAGCGAAAUAGAAUAUUAGCUCAACCAAGGAGGAGAAGAUGCCAGAAUGAGCUAGUGCGGGCAGUAUCUCAAAUGUUCGCACAUAUGCACAUCAACAACGUAUCGUACGGCGUACUCACAACAUAUCAUUCGACUUACUUCUUUAAACGAAUAGAUGACCAAGGGAAAUAUCCCCGGCUGCUCGUCUCCCCACUUAUCAAGAGAACUGAUAUGGGCGAGAGUAGCCUUGUCGCCGCAUUUGUUGGGCUUGCUGUCCUAGCGUUCCGUAAGGAGCAUGGGACAGCAGCCCUCGGAACACCCGGUCAAGUUUGUCGGGUCCUUGAUACUAACCCGGCUACGAGCCGGCAACACCUAGUAGUUGACAGUCCUGCUAGGGAAACGCCCUUAGAUGGGUUCAUUCGAGGGGUGCGUCGCGGCCACGGCGACCCCCAUGUUCGAGUACGGGUUUGGUUUGCAGAGUUUCUCUCUCGGAACCUGGCUUCCACGUUUCGAGGUGUCCUCGAGGUGGGCCAGGUUCCGAGAGAAGUGGUCUUCAAAGUUUACGAUCUCUCUAUCCCGGAGGUCGCAGACGUCUGCGCCGACGAGUUGAAGGCGUACGCCGCCUUGACCCCCAUCCAAGGAACUAUUGUUCCUAAGAUAUGGGUGGUCGGAACCCUGUAUGGGAUCUAUCGCGUCAUUGCGAUGGAUCCCUGCGGGGAACCAGUCCCAGAACCUCCCCCGCCAGAGUUUUAUGAACAGGCGCCGGCGCUUUUCCGCGCCAUUCACGACCAUGGGGUCGUUCACAACGAUAUUGACCUGCGGAACUUUUUAGUUUCGCAUGGUCAAUAUCGGGUGAUCGACCUCAACUCUGCGAAACUCGGGACUCCCACGCAGAUUGAGCGAGAAGAGAGGUAUCUCCAGGGCCUCCUUCAGAGAAUGAAGAAGGGAUAUAUUUACCGUUCCCAAGGUGCCUCAGGGCACAAAAUGGAAAUACAAGAAGCGGGGGAGGGAGGGGACGCAGGGGCGUCGAAAGACGAAGAAACCUGGGGACUAAAGAACGAAGGAGACGGGGGACUAAAAUGCGAAGGACUCGGACAUGAAGAAAAUGAGAAAGGAAAUUGGGAGUGGGGAGAGAAAGAAAGUGAAGAAUCAAAAUACGAAGAGCUGACCUGCGGCUGGGAGUACCCAAGUCUCUAA